AUGUUGUCGGAUGCAUUCUUUGAGCAGUACAAAAUUAAUCUCGGAAAUAAGAAAGGAAGCAGCCAUUUGUUCUUGUUACACAGAGAAGCCGGUGAAAGUCUUAUUGAUUUUACUAGGAGGUUUCGCCAGGAAGUUAGUGAAGUCGUAAAAGUAGAUGCUGGACUCGUAAUAGAGGCAUACAAAAAUGCGCUGGAUUACAAUGAGUUCGGAAUUUACAAUUCCCUAACAGUCCAACCAGUCGGAACUCUCAAAGAGUUAUAUGACAGGGCAGACAGGUAUGGUAGAGCUGAGAAAGAAAAGAGGGCAAAGUUGUCGCGUACGACAAAAUCUCCAGGUGCCGAAGGACAUGGAAAACAAAAACAACAUUUAGAGAGUAGUUCGAAGAAGAAAAAUCUUGAUGACCCCCGAAGUAGAUCUGGAGACGGAGAAGAAUUAAGAAAACCUCAGGUUAAGGUGAAAAUUAGAUUUCCCAGUCUAAAUAUCGGACUGUGGGAACUCUUCAAAAAUAUUAAGGAUUCUCUUCCAGUUCCAAAGCUAAUGUCAGAAGAAACAAAGGAUAAAAGGGAUAAAAGUAAAUAUUGUGCUCAUCAUCGAGAUUACGGACACAAUACCGAGUCUUAUCGAACUCUGGAAACGGAAGUUCAGAAAAUGAUCGACGAAGGAAAGCUUCAACAGUAUGUGAAGAAGAAUCCAUCACAAGUGAAUACAUUAGAUCUUCGAGAAAUCAGAGUGAGUCAUGCAAGAGUCAAUUCAACUUCAAGGAAGGCUCAUGAGAAUGCAACAUGUCUGAAUUUGCGCCAUAUCCAGGAUUGGCGGAUUUCGAAUAAGGUUGAAUAUGUUAAUCUUAUCGGUACGAAAACUCUAGAGGAAGGAAAUACAGAGAUAUGUUUUUCAGUUGCUGAUCUUGCUGGAGUUUACCAACCAAAUAACGAUGCAAUUGUUAUCUUAGCUCUCAUUGGAAUGUACAAGGUACGUCGAGUUCUAGUUGAUACUGGAAGUUCAAUUAACGUCAUAUUCUCCGGAGCAUACAAAUCAAUGAGCUUGAAUGAAAGUCAAGUUGAAGAUGAUGAUAAUCCGAUUAUCGGCUUUAGCGGAGAGACAAUGACGGCAAUAGGAAGAGUAAGUUUGCCUACAACUUUGGGAGGAAAAACGGUUAUGCAAUACUUUUCAUUGUUAGAUUGUCGCGCACCUUAUAAUGCCAUAUUAGGACGUGACUGGAUUCAUGCAAUGGGGGCGAUAACUUCUACCAUUCAUCAGUGUUUGAAGUUCUUUACACCAGCAGGGGUCAUGAAGGUCAGAAGCGAUCAGGUGGCAUCUCAUAAAUGCCAUGAAAACGCAAUGGAAGAGUACAAAAAGUCUGAGCUAAAAGGCUCGGAAAUACUCCAUGCUGAAAAACAUUUAUAG